CUCGGUAUUCAGUACUUGAAACUCUACCGCGAACUUGUUCAUAAAAACGCAAACAUAAUAAAAGUGAUCGAAGAAAAAAAUACACACCGGCAAGUUGGAGCCAAAUCCAGUUUUUUUUUUACUUUGAGUUGGCAACACAGAGACGCCUGAACCGAUCUGUUCGUGGAGCUCGUCUCGGUUCUUGGGCUCUCUCUAUUGGGUUCUCUGGGGCAUGUUCCCAAAUGGGUUCUGCGUUUAAAGCUUCGAUCUUGGGGCUUGAUCUUAAUGGAAAAUGGAUUUUAGAUUGAAACCGAGGGUACCCAUUUGGAGAAAUUGUUCGCUUCUGUGUGUGUUUGAUGGGACUUGAUUUGUGGGUCGAGAAAGAUUGCUUCUUUGAUUUUUGAGGUGAUUUUGGGUUUGAAGAUUUUUGGAGGACAAUAUGUUCUGGAGGGAACGUGAGAGGGAGAGCAAAGAUCAAAACGGGAGUGGGCCGCCUUCUGGGCAGGUUCGAGUUCUUGUUGUUGGUGACUCAGGUGUUGGAAAAACUUCUCUUGUUCAUCUGAUUGUCAACGGUUCUUCCACUGCCCGCCCUCCUCAAACAGUAGGAUGUUCAGUUGGUGUAAAGCACACUACUUAUGGCAAUUCUGGUAGCUCGUCAAGCAGCAUUAAAGGUGAUGCUGAGAGGGAAUUCUUUAUAGAACUCUGGGAUAUAUGUGGACAUGAUAGAUACAAAGAAUGCCGGUCUCUUUUUUAUUCCCAAAUAAAUGGUGUAAUCUUUGUUCAUGAUCUCUCCCAAAGAAGGACAAAAACUGGCUUGCACAAGUGGGCAGCUGAGAUUUCUGCAACUGGGUCAUUUUCAGCUCCUCUAGGAUCUGGGGGUCCUGGUGGCCUUCCUGUCCCGUAUAUUGUUAUUGGUAACAAAGCUGAUAUUGCUGCAAAGGAGGGUACAAGGGGAAGCAGUGGCAAUCUUGUUGACGUUGCCCGACAGUGGGUUGAGAAGCAAGGUUUGCUUCCAUCGAGUGAGGAACUUCCACUGACUGAAAGUUUUCCUGGAGCUGGAGGCCUUAUUGCGGCUGCCAAAGAAGCAAGAUAUGACAAGGAAGCUGUGAUGAAAUUCUUCCGAAUGUUGAUUAGGAGAAGAUAUUUUUCUGAUGAUUUACCUGCACAAAGUCCAUGGUCUAUUUCUCCGGUUGCAAGUCCUGCACAGACAGUAGAUGAAAAUUGGAGUGAUGAGGAUCAUUCAUACAGGAAGAAGAGCAGUUUACAUGGUGAUCCUUACAACUACAACAUGCUCCCUCCUCUUCCAGCACAACGCAAUCUGACACCACCUCCCACUCUUUAUCCACAGCAGCCAGUUGCAGUUUCUGAAAAUUACAGCAUCCCUAGAUUUGCGUAUUCUAGUUAUCCAGAAAUCAGCAGUGCUGCCAGAUCAAAGCGCUCAGAUAUCAAUGUUUAGUGGUCAUUGACUCUGAAAAUUGUGCCAAUCAAAGUGGGAUUUGUGUGCAUGUGGUCUAUGGUCUUUUCAUUUUGUUUCACUUUUAAUUGGUCUAUUGAUUCUUUGACACCUACAGGUUCUGUCAUUUUAAGCAGUUGUUGUUAUAUGUUGGGGCCUUGGGGUAUAAGUAUAUAAUGAUUUAUUGAACAACUUGGAAGCUACAGGCAUUUUUUUCACCAAGCUUUCUCUUUGUAUGCCAAUUUGCUGAGAUGAUAACGGUGCUUAAGAUCUUUGCAUCUUCUCUUUUCAGAAAUUCA